ACCUAAUUUAUUUACCUCAACAACCAAAAUAAUACUACAGAGAAGAUUAUCUAAAUCAACCCAGUCUCUGCAUCACCAAUGCUGCUACUCAAUUCCUCUCUCUCAUAUGCAUGUUCUUCGUUCCCAACACCAGUUACUCUCUCUCCAUCAAAACCACUAACCUCUAAACCCCUAACUACUAAACCCCUUAUCCUGCGCACACCCUGCCUUAUCCCGCGCCAUUAUUUCCAAUGCUCACUCCCUUCUUCUUCCCUCUUAGCCAGAACCACAUUCACACGCGUCGGACACUCACUCACACAGCAGCACGUGUACCCUGACCCAAUCCCUGAAUUCGCUGAAUACGAGACACGCAAAUUUAAAGUUGAGCUCUUGCAGAAGCUUUCCGAGGAUGUAGACGAGUUCGGUGAUGAACUUGAUGCGGUUGUUGAAGUUUGUGCUCAGAUAUUUAGCAAAUUUUUGCACAAGGAGUAUGGAGGUCCUGGGACAUUGUUGGUGACGCCAUUCACGGAUAUGUUGGUGGCUUUAAAGAAGAAGAAACUACCAGGAGCACCUCAGGCUGCUAGAGCAUCACUAUUAUGGGCACAAAAUUAUGUUGAUGAAGAUUGGAAAGUUUGGAACUCAAAACUAGAUUGAAUCGUAUUUUCACAUUUUUCUCUCUUUUUUACAAUGUAAAUAUUUAUCAUUUGCUUGUAGCAUUUUGUAUACUUCAACUGUAACAAUAAAAAGAACUUCUAGUA